UCUCCCUUCUCCUCCCCUCUCGAACCUUACAUCCUUCCCCUCCCCUCUGAGUUGACUUCUCCCUCCUUCCUCUUCUUCCCCUCUGCCGUCUUUUCUUAAUCUGUGCAGCAGGAUGGAGGACAGGGUGUGGACUGUGUGUCUUUUUGUCAUUUUGACACUGGCAUGGACCAACGCUCAGACUGAGACAAACUACACCAGGCCCGUCUUCCUGUGUGGAGGCCACCUGGUCACAGACUCAGACAUCGUGGCCAGUGAAGGAUUCCCUAGUCACUACAAACCCAACAGUAAAUGCACCUGGUACAUCACUGUCCCAGAGGGUCAUGUCGUCAUGCUCUCGUUCCGCCUCUUCGACAUGGAGGCCGACCCGACCUGUCGCUACGACUACCUGGAUGUCUACAACGGUCACUCCCGCUUGGUGCAGAAGCUGGGUCGUUUCUGUGGGACGUUCAGGCCCGGUGCUCUCAUCUCCACUUCCAACACCAUGAUGUUAGACAUGGUGACUGACGAGGCGACCGGAGGACGAGGCUUCCUGGCUGCCUUCAGCGCAGGGAAGCCACAUAUGGAAGAGAACCAGUUCUGUGGAGGAAGGCUGACCAAAUCACAGGGUUCUGUUAGGACGCCCAACUGGCCCAACUCUAAUUACCCAGCAGGCAUCAGCUGCUCCUGGCACAUCUCUGUUGAACCAGACAAUGUGAUCGAGGUCAAGUUUGAGAAGCUGGACUUGGAGCCUGACACGUACUGUCGCUACGACUAUGUGGCGUUGUUUAACGGGGGAGAGAAGGACAACUCACGACGGAUUGGGAAAUUCUGUGGAGACAGACCUCCAGGAACUGUUGUCACAAAUGGGAAUGAGCUCCUCGUCCAGUUUGUCUCAGACCUGAGUGUGACCUCAGACGGCUUCAUGGCCUUCUACUCCAGUGUGCCUCGUGGAUCUCGGACACCCACCGCUGGAGGAGACUUCAUCUAUGGACCUCAGACCACCUCAAUUCCACAAAAAAUCCUUCCAAAGCCAAGAAAACCAACCAAACCAACCCCCACUGCAGCCCAGCCUAAAACCACCCCAAAACCAACCAAAAGACCACUGGUGAAGAAACCACUUAAACCUCCACCCAAAAAACCUGCCACCAAGCCUAUUGUGAAGCCAACCCCAAAACCCAAGCCAGCCAAACCUACACCUAAAGCACCUGUGAAGAAACCUAUAACUAAACCUAAGUUUAAAGUUAUUAAACCAACACUCAAACCAAGCACCAAGGUUAAACCUUCACGUAAGCCUUUACUGAAGGUCAAGCCCACGUUAAAACCA